AUGGGCGCCGGAAAUUCCACACCACAAACGGCGCACAUCAUCAAUCCGGUGCGCGCUGCGAGCUCCAUUCAUAUUACGCCAAGCGUUCUGAGUCGGCUGGAGAGCAGCACAAAAGAGAUAUCCGAAACGGCAAUACCGUCACCAACUAAAGAUGAGCAAAUUCAUUGUGCGCGCUGCUGCACUUGUGGCUUCUUCAAGGGCAAAGACAAAGAGGCCGGCUUGUUGGCAAUGCGAUUGAAUGAACUGCAAGAGAGGCAAUAUGUGAACACUUUGGAGAAAUUAGAAGCGCAGUUGGGCAAGCCAGUACGUUUUGCUGAUGUCAACGGUGAAAAUCUGAAGCAAUUGAAGCAGAAACUGACGAAAUGUUACGGCGAUAAUCCACGUGAGCCCCUACGCUGUGCGGAGACAGCAAAGGAGUAUCAGAAUUUUGUGUUCAAACAACAAUUCAAUGCGAUUCUGAGUGCGAAGAAUAUCAAAAAUAUAACAGCACCGAAAGCGAUGUGAAUUUUCGUAUAUUGAUUAGUUUUUAUUUUACGAUUUUAACUGUUUUCAAUUAAAAUAAAAGUAAUUUUAUGUGGAAACUUCAAAUUUUUGUGUUGCUUACUUUCGA